CAACACCUGUGGCGGUCAAAGAGAACCCGAGUUCUGGACACCAUGCUGAGCGAACGUCUCCUGCUGCUGACGCUCACCUGCUACGUCUUAGUCUGGUCAGUUAACGGUGAUGAUUUCAUGGAGGUCCGUUCUGCAGAGGAGGAGAAAGAGCUGAUCGAUGCUCUUCAGGAGGUCCUUGAAAAACUGAGGAACAAACAGAUCCCGUCCACUGAGAAGAGGCUGGGCUGGGUCCCUUCAUGUGAAGCUGGAGAGCAGUGCGCCGUCCGGAAAGGUGCGCGCUUUGGAAAGGUGUGCACCUGCCCCGAAGGAACCGCCUGCAGCUUCUCAGCUCUACAGUGUUUGUGAGAUGGAAGACCGCUCUCCUGCUGGACGACUGUAGAUAGCUGUGUCCAUAAAUAAAUGCAUUUUAUACA